AGUUAAAAAGAAAAGCAAUAAAGAAAUGAAAGGUAAGGAAGAAAAGAAAAGAGAGUAAACAAAAGACAAAAGGUUCUAAAACUCCAUCAUUAUUAUCAAUUCAAAUUCUCCUCAAAAACAGUAUACAACCAAACAACAAUAGUGUUCCUCUCCUUUCCCUCUAUAGCUACUUAACCAACAACAUCAACAACAACAAAACCACCUCCCAAAGUUUCUUCUACCAAGGCAUGAAUAGAAGUGUUCAUCUUCAAACCUCACCAGUGCAACAACAAAUGAUGGCUGGAAACCCUAACAACUGGUGGAACCCUCCUGCUCCUGAUCAUCUUCAACCUCCUUCCAAUUACUUUCUUACUCCAUAUCCUUCUUCAUCUUCUCUUCCUCUUCCUCUUCCUUCUUGGCAUGAAAAUCAACAACUUCCUGAUAACUCAUGGACUCAACUACUGAUGAGCGGCGGCGUGGUGUAUGAAGAAGAUAAGGAACAAGUUAUGCUAACUCAGCCUGCUCUAAGUGCUUCUUCUCUUGUUGAUCAUGUAAAACAUGAAAGUUCAGUGAACAAUUAUGUCUAUGGAAAUGAAGAAUUUCAUGGAACAACAAAUUCUACUUGGUCUCAAAUAGUGUCGGUGCCUUCUUCUUCUUCCUCCAAAUCCAGCAUGUUGGAUUUCUCUAACAGUGCAAGAUCUCCUUCAUCAGAUCCAUCUUCUGAUCAGUGUAAUAGUGGUGCAGCUGGUGGGGCAUUGAAGAAAGCUAGGGUUCAACCAUCUACAACUCAGUCUACCUUCAAGGUUAGGAAGGAGAAGUUAGGUGAUAGAAUUACAGCCCUUCAUCAACUUGUUUCACCAUUUGGAAAGACUGACACAGCAUCUGUCUUAUUAGAAUCUAUUGGUUACAUAAGAUUCCUUCAUAGUCAAAUUGAGGUAAUAUUUCUUUUCCUCUCUUCACUCACAAUCACAUUGUUAAAAGUACAUUUCAUUUUCUUUACUUUUUCCCCGUGGAUCAUGCAGGCUCUUAGUUUACCAUACUUGGGAAAUGGAUCACCAAACAUUAUCAAGAACCAGCAACAACAAUCUGUUCAAGGUGAGAAAAGUUGUUUCUUCCCUGAACAUCCUGGUCAGCUGCUGAAUGAGAAUUGUUUGAAAAGAAAAGCUGUUAGUGAGGGUUGCGAAGAAGAAGAAAAUAAGGAUUUGAAGAGUAGAGGAUUGUGUUUGGUUCCUGUUUCAUGCACAGUGCAAGUUGGAAGUGAAAAUGGAGCUGAUUAUUGGGCUCCUGCAUUUGGUGCUGGAUUUCAAUAGAUUUCAUUGGGUUAAUUAAUUAAUAUUAAUUGGGGUAGCAAUUAAUUAUUCAUAUAUAUGUGGAUUAAAAGCAUACAAAUUAAGAGGGAAUUAGAUGGUGGAAAUUUGUAUAGCAUCAUGAGCAGUCAAUCUGCUAUAUAUAAAAUUAUCUAAGGCUGAUUGCUCAUGAUGCUAUGUAGAGUUCCUUAAUAAAAAUGUAUGCUCAUUAAUUAAUUAUUGUCUAGUAUACAUAUUUGCAAGCCCUUGUUAAUUAAGAAUCCUUAACUUGUGCAAAUAAUCAACUUUUAAUUUAUUUUU